ACCUGCCUCGAUUGUCGCCGAUGAAGCCCGAGAAUAAGCGCAUAUGCUUUAGGGUGGCGGCAAACCCACCCGCGACGGUUCGGUGGUUCUUCAAGGAUAAGCCCCUCCAGGAAUCCGGGCUCAUCCGGAUGAUCCAGGAUUGCCUCCCAGCCAUGCCCACUGAAGAAAGCACUUGCUGCGUUAGAUCAGUCUUGGCGACGUACUCUCACAACGGAGUAUACACGUUGAUGGCAGAGAACGCCCUCGGGUGUGCGAACGGGUCCAUGGAUGCCCGGUUCACGCAGCCGGCAGAUCUGGUCCAGGAGCGGGGACGCAUGAAGUCCCAUCACUUCCCUUUCCACGUACCAGGCUUCAAAGGAGGCAACCACUUCUACGAGCACCCGAGCAGCAUCCCUUCGAAACCGAUGAUGGAACUACUUUGGGCAAUCAACAUUUGCCCCAGCGUGAAUGCAGACUCCGGAAGUAGCAAUCCGACUCGAUCCGAUGUCUGUCCCCUUGACUUGUUUCCAGUCGCCGGCAAGCUCGACAACGAAAUGCCGUCGACAGAGAUGGACCUGGUUUAUGAAGUGCGGAAGAGGACUAGGAGGAUUCAGCUUGUUGAGGAGUUCGACCGGAAAGUCGACCUGCCGAUCGGGAUCAUCAUCACCAUCAUCGUUCAUCACAGUGUCGAUACUGUGUGA